AUGGUCCACGCCGUCGACGCCAUGCCUACAGCAACCCUCGCAUUGGGUCGUCCCCGCAAAGACACCUUCCAAGAGAUUCCUGUUACCUCGACCUCCCACCCAGAUAAUCCCAUCCCAGAAGAGCCGCGUGGGGUACGAGCCCUCUCGGUCACCGAUUUCACCUUCAAUGGCUUGGCUUCGUCGGAAUCCGAAUCCAAUGGCUCCAACUCUCCCUCUACCCCACUUACGCCACCCGAUACUCAGAGCGAAGAAGAGGAAGAUCUCAAGUCCAAUGGCCGACGACGACGGGCCUCAACCAUCCUCAUCUCGCAGAACUCCGAGGACAUGAGAAGGGUGCUGGAGAAUGUCGGCACCAGUGGUACACAGAAGAUCCAGUCCAUGUGCUGCGGUGGCGGUUGUUGCCGAGGUCGGCCACUCCAGGCGCUGGAUGGCCCAAUCUCCGGAUUCAAUUCGAUCACUCCUCCCGACAACAAGGCUUUUGCUAGUUUGAAACUGGAUUUGAACCUCCUCACGCUGGACAGUGAGCUCUCUAACCUCGCCCCGCUCCCCGAGAAGACGGUUUCUUUCGCGUCCGCCCCCGCAUCUGCUCGGCAUUUGCCCUCGGGGCCAUCUGACCACCCCCCGCAAUUCGUUCAGCCCCAUCCUCCUUAUGAAGUCUACCGUGCGCCUCUCCACUCUGCGCGUGAGUUGACAAAUGGUGGUGCGGAAAAGCGUACCUACCACUUUGAUAUUGAUGUCACCGACUAUCCCGCCGAGAGUGGAAUGGUCGAUUUCGUAGUUGGAGGUGCCAUUGGUGUGUGCCCAAAGAACAAGGAUGAGGAAGUCGAAGAUCUUCUCGAUCUGCUGUGUGUGCCGAGGUCGAUGCGUGAUAAGAAGGUUCUUAUGCGCACUACCAAUGGCCGCUGGCCUACUAUCUGGGGUGACGACAAGCCCCGAGAGCUCAUCACAACACGCCGGGAGGUGCUGAGCUGGUGCUCGGAUAUUCAGAGCUAUGCCCCAACAAAGGCGCUGUUCCGACUUUUGGCCGAAUACACCACUGAGGAGAAUGAGAAGAAAGUCUUGGAGUACCUUGCAUCCGCACAGGGCCAAGGUGCUUUCUGUGACCUUCGGACCAGUUCCCACGUCACCAUGACCCAGUUGCUACACGCUUUCCCGUCUUCUCACCCUCCUUUGGAUCACCUUCUUUCCGUUCUCAACACGCUGAUGCCUCGAUUCUAUUCCUUGUCCCAAGAUCCUAUGAUCUCUUGUCGGUUCAAGGGCACUGAAUGUCGCCGAUUGGUUGAAAUCGCUGUGACUGUCGCUGAUUCAAACGACUGGCGCGGUGGCCAGCGAACCGGCGUGGGAUCUGGCUACCUUGAGAAGCUGGCUCAGCGAGCCAUCCAGGCCGAAGCAGCUGGCGAGAAGAUUGAUAUCCAUAUACCCAUGUUCCGCGGCCUAAUGGCCAACCCACUUGCCACUCGUUUUGCGUCCGAUGGCCCAAUGCUUCUGAUCGGUGCCGGUGUGGGAAUCGCCCCAUUCCGUGGUUUCGUCCAGCGUCGUCUGCAGUCCGCCAACUGUGCUAACAAGGUCUGGGUGCUUCAAGGUGUGCGCGACUCAUUACUUGAUGAGCUCUACAGCGGCGAGUGGGGCGUUCAUGAAGACAAGGUUCGUACUGUCGUACAGAGCCGUCGCGGUGAGAGCCGCUACGUCCAGGAAGAGGUCCGCCACCAAGCCGACUUGGUUUGGUACGUAAUCAACGCUCUGGAUGGCCGUGUCUUCGUUUGCGGCAGUGGAAAGGGCAUGGGUGAAGGUGUCGAGGCUGCUUUGAUCGAAGUCUCUAUGGCCAAGGGCAACCUGAAUGCCCAGGAGGCAGAACUGUUCUGGCAGCGCAAGAAAGAAGCCGGCCAGUACAUUGCCGAGACUUGGUAA